AUGUACAGUGAUGGAGUGACUGCUGAUGGAGAUCAGAGGAAUGAGUCUCUGAGCGUCACCGACCUCAUCGCAAAAGUCAACGAAAACAUACAAUCGCGGCUGCUGCAGGACGAUAUCAUGACAUCUUCUGCCAGGAAUGCAGAUCUCUGCACAUCCACAAGCUGCAAGUGGAUCAAAUCCUCCCGCUUCGUCGACGUUCCCUAUGAGAUUUCCUCUUCAUACAGUCAGUCCCAACAUGACACUAUCAUCAAGGCCCUGGAAACUUUCCACGAGUUCACCUGCAUCCGCUUCGUCCAGAGGACUUCUCAUCCUAAUUAUAUCUAUUUCUUCUCUGGAGAUGGGUGCUGGUCCUACGUGGGCCGUCAGGGCGGACAACAGAAAGUGUCCCUGAUGAAGAAUGGAUGUUUAUUCACAGGAAUCAUCCAGCAUGAGAUUCUCCAUGCUCUCAGCUUCCACCAUGAGCAGUCCCGAUCAGACAGAGACCAAUACGUCCGGAUCCUCAACGAGAACAUCAUCGAAGGACGAGAACGCAACUUCCGCAAGGUGCCGACCAACAACCUGGAGACCUCCUACGACUUCAGCUCCGUCAUGCAUUACAGCAAGUACGCCUUCUCCAAAAACGGCCGACCCACCAUCGUCGCCAAGUCUGAUCCAAACAAGAAAUUCGGUCAACGUUCAUCCAUGAGCGCCAAUGACAUCCAACGUGUCAACAGGCUUUACAGAUGCUGUGAGUACAAAAACAAACAACCCUGA